AAUGAAUUAAUAAAAUAAGAGAAAGUUCAAUGUUCUUGAAUACCUAAAAAAUCCAUAUCAUUUGCCAUAAAAAUAAGAAAAAUUUGAAAUUCCUCAAACAUGCAAACUCGGCUCAAGGACUAAUCAAAGAAGAUUCUAUAGACCAUAUAAACAUAAGACUCUCUUUCCAGAAUUAAAUAGUACCAAUGCUCUUUAUUUGACCAAAACUAGCUAAUAAUUUAGAUAAUCAAGAAAGGAUUGGCAAGAUGAAUUAUAGACAUGUCUUUAAAGUUAAUCAGUAAUUAUAUAAAUCUUAUAUUAUAGAUAAGAGGUGUCCCAAAUAAAAGUAAAGUCUCAUAGAUAUUUGUGAAAUCCUUACAUAAUUCUUCCUUUAAUUAAUUACUUAGGAAAACAUAACCAGAAUUAAAGCCAUUAUUGGAAAUAUAAGCCCAAAAAUUAUUUUGA